UCACCUGCGCUGCCUUCACUGCCUGACGGACUUUGGUAUGUUUCGGACUUUCCACGCCUCUUCACCAUAAAAACGGAAGACAUUACUCCGGCACAUAUUUGUACAGCUCGAAAGGACUUGCGCUCCACUUUUGUUGAAGCACAGCACAGGAGUGUACAAAGCCCGAGUGAUACUUCAUGAGGAUGGAUUCAGCUUGUUUCCUGUUACUGGCUUUCAUUAGCGCCGGGACGCUGCUCCAAGUGUUGGCUACUGAAAAUGUGACUGCUUUGUAUGGAGAGACCAUUGUAAUACCAUGCAAUGGUCGCACUCCAGCACCAAAGGAUCUGAUGUUCAUCAAGUGGAAAUAUGAAAAAGAUGACGGCACUCUCGGUGAUUUGUUGAUCAAACAGGUUCGCAGCGAGCAAGCAAUAAUUCAGGCCACAGACAGUUAUGCUCAGCGGGUCAGCACUGAUGACAAGUUCAACCUGCUGAUCAGUCAGGCCACACUCAAAGACCAGAAGACCUUCACCUGCAUGGUGGUGUCAGACACCAAUCUUAUGGAGUACCCCACCUCGGUUGUUGUUUACAAGAAUCCAUCUUCAGUGCAGAUUAUGGACAAGCCUGAGGUACUGGAGAAGGACAAACCUGUGAUGUUGGGAACAUGUGUUGCAGCAGAGGCGAACCCUGCUGCUACAAUCACAUGGACGAGGAAUGGAAAGCCCUUGGUAGCUGAUGGGAAAGCAGUUGUGAUCAACCCCAGCAUUAAGCUUGAUCCAGCCACAGGCCUGUCCACCACCUCCUCCACCCUCCAGUAUGCAGCCACCAAGGAAGAUAUUGGUGCAGUCUUUGUCUGCGUGUCCACACACAAACUGACCAAUCAGGAAGCUGUAUUGGAGCCCUUCCCCAUUCACUAUCCAUCAGAGAAGGUUAGCCUUCAAAUAAUGUCCAAGGGGCCCAUAGUGGAAGGAGACAAUGUGACGCUGAAGUGUCAUGCUGACGGCAACCCUCCACCCAAGUCCUUCUUCUUCUACUUAAAGGGCCAAAAAGCGCUGGUGGAAAAUUCCGACACCUAUUCUUUGAUUGCUGUCAGAAGAGAGGCUGCAGGAGAAUACAAAUGCUCCCUGGCUGACAACGAGAUAUUGGAAGCCACCCAAAGUAUUUCUGUGAGCUACCUGGACCUGAGUCUAAGUCCAACUGGAAACAUUGUGAAGACAGUAGGAGACACCUUGUCUGUGAAGGUGGAAAAGAUUUCCUCGGGUGAUACCAAAGUGUCAUGGACAAAGAAUGGAAAGCCUUCAAAAGAGCCAGAGUUUAACAAGUUGACCUAUGCUGAUGGAGGAAUCUAUGUAUGUGAGGUUUCCAUGAGCAGUCUCUCACAUCGUCAGAGCUUUGAACUGGUGGUAGAAGGAAAGCCUGUGAUCACCAGCCUAACCAAACACCGUGCUGAUGAUGCCAAGUACAUAGUCCUGACCUGUGAGGCUGAGGGAGUACCAAGACCCACUUUUCAGUGGAACGUCAACAACACAAACGAGGAGAGCUCUUACAUCAAUGGCAAGGCAACCCAUAAAAUAACUGUGGUCCCAAAUGUGAACCUGACUGUCAUCUGCAGUGUCUCUAACAAGCUGGGGGAGGACUUCAGUGCCAUCAAUGUUACCUCAGUUGUUCCAGAGAGAAAACAGCAACAAGACCCUAAGGAGGAUUCAGGGGACCAAGCAAAGCUCAUAGGAGGCGUCAUGGGCGGACUUCUCAUAGCUGCUCUUGUGGUGGGACUCAUCUACUGGCUCUACAUGAAAAAUUCAAGACAAGGAAGCUGGAAAACUGGUGAAAAGGAGACAGGAACACCUGAGGAGAGCAAGAAACUAGAGGAUAACAAUCAGACAGUUUGAAGACUGUGCUACAUGGGAUAAAAGAGGAAGAAGCAGGUGGAAAACCAACUGUCAUCAUUAAACACACAGACUUCCUGUUGGCCGCUGAUGCACUCAAUAAGUUUCCAGAUACCAAGAACCAAGUCCUGUCACCAGCCUGCUGUCCCCCCUUACUGUUUGAAGUCCACACUGAGGCCGCCACGUCACUGUGUCAUUCUUUCUUUCUUCUUUUUUAUUUGUGUUUCUAGUCAAUACUCCUUGUUAUGUUGUUGGAGACAUUCUGUUAGAUUUUUUGGUUGGAGCUCUGACUAGUUACAGUAUUUUUUUUUGUAUUUCUUUGGUUUGUUCUAGAAUGCCUGAGUUAAGGCCUGAAUAAACAUUAUGUGUCUGUCCUGGCUGAGCAUGCCAACAUUUUGACUUUGUACUUGUGCGCUGUGUGCCUUUAUGUGGCUGUGCUCAGAGAAAUAGACACUUCACUGCUGUAUCACCCUGACCGAAACUGUUACCACAAUGACCUCGACAUAUCAUAACCGCCUGACACUCUGUCACUGUGCCUACCCUAAUAACAAACUGUGUUUGACACAUGGAGCAACAUGAUACAGAAGAAAUUUUGGUGAAAGACUUUAUUUUAGUCUCAAAUGUGAUUCUUUUACUUUAUUUUUCAUCUAAUUGAAGAUUUAAAAGAGAAAGAAAAAGCAAUUGGAAAAGAGCAACAAGUUAGAAAUCCAACAGCAUUGUGUUCUUAAUGUCUUAUAAAUUCAUGUUUUAGUUUGAUACACUACAUGUCAUGUUAAUGUCUUUACCUCACUGUUUCUCUGUUCUUUUACCAACCCUUCAAGGCUGGGAUCAGGGUUUUGGAGAAAGUUGAUUUUAUCUUUAAUGUUAUCUUUUUAUGCUUCAUUGUGUACAUUUCUUAUGUAUUUACCUGGAUGGUGAUACUGCAGCAUGCACAUUUUUUAGGUACUGAAUGUUUGAACUUCUUUGUGUUCAUUGGUUUCAUUAUCAGAACAGGACUCUUAGCUUGUGAAGGAUGACCCAAACUGAAGACAGUAGUUGAAAUGUAGAGACUAGUAAAGCUGCUUGUUCUCUGGAUUUACAUUUACAUGACCCAAUGGGCCAGCAAAGAGAAGGACUUGAAAAGACAGUUAGAGUAUUGAUAACAGUAGUUCAGUUCAUAGUUAGCUAAGCAAUGGUUCAUUUUGAAAUAUGAUAUUUUGCAGAAAACAUAUACAUAUUUAUGAUUUAUGUAGUUUUUCUAUCUAUUUUGACAGAAGCAUCAACAUGUCACCUCAUUCUCAUUUACCUUUGUUCUUUCACUGGAUGAAACCCAUUACCAAUAGUAAAGCUUUGAGUAUUUAUCUAAUAAUGUCAUUAGGAAAGGAAUGUUUUUUUCAGAUCUCUUGUUUUUUAAACUGUCAAAUUUACCAAUGAAGCUUUUUCACAAAUGGUUGCAAAAUGUUAUGAAACUGUUCUAUCAUGACGUUUGUUGCUUUCAAGUAAUCAGGUAAACAGUGAAACCAAAGAAGAAAAAGGCUUUAGUUGUAAAUACAGACAGACUUUGUUUUCUGUUUUUGAUUGUUGUCAAUAAAGUGUCAAUAAAACAAAAA